AAUCAAUGUCAUGAGGCGCUUGCCUAGGAAAACCCCUCGCCUCAGUUCACGAAAUGCACGACUUCAGUUGAAAAUUUCUCGAGAUGUUUGCUCAUAUAUUUUGAAUUAAAUAGCUAAUAACUGAAAAAAAAGCUGUCAUGGCAAACCAAUGGGGAAGUAGUAGAAUUGGUCAAUACAGCCAGCGUAGCACACCAAACUUUUCUGAAAAUAUAAACCGAAAUAGGCAAAAUGUUUCAAGGUUAAGCCUACAAAGCUAUCAAGGUCCAUUUGAUCGGUCUACACUUGUAAGAGCCAGAGACGAGCUGCAUUUUCAUAUCGAGCACAUGCAAGAUACUGCCGUCUGGUACAGAAUUAAGCAGAAGACGGGCGUUAAUAUUCAUGGGGCAACUUAUUUUGAUGACGGUUUCGGAGAGGCCUCAAAUACUUUUUCUCAUGCAGAGCUACAUGAAAAUGUAGGUGAAGGUUUUGAUCAUGAAGAUUUAAGUGCAGAUACGCUGACUAAUGAACGGAAAAAUCAAUACAAGCAGCCAACACAAACAGUAACCUCGUCAGCAGAACCGGAAAUGUCUUCAUUUAUUGGUUCAGUAGAAAACAAUAUUGAGGACAACAGUAAUGAUUCAAGCUGUGUUAUUGUAGAAGAGCAAAAGAGUAUUAAUUCAAAACGUAAAGAAUUAGAUCUUGAAUCUGAUGGGUUAGAAAUCAUCAAUAGUGAAGCAGACCCAGAUGUGAUUGUCAUUGAAAACAGUUUUAACGAAAAAAUAGGAAGUGGAAACCCAUUUAAUGAAACGAAUGAUUUAGACAACAACAAUAUUGGCCAGUUUUCACUGUCUGAUGGUCAGAAAGUUCAAAAGACUACAUUCAAAUGUGACCUUUGUGAUUUUGCAAGUGAUGCCAGGUCUAUUGUACAGCAACAUUUAAACAAAGCUAUUCACUUUGCAGCUAGUGAAUAUUCAAUAGAUAAGGAAGGGAAUAUGUUGCUGACGAAUAAGAUGGUUUUACAGAAUUUUAAAGCCAAAUUCAAAAAUGUAUUAGUUGUAUGCCCUGACUGUCUGAAAGUCUUUCCUGAUAUACACAGUUGUGCAACACAUUGCAAUCUUCAGCAUCAGAAAUUAAAUGAUGGAAUAAAAGAUAGGUAUGGUUUGAUACAAGUUAUUCAGGAGGAAGUUUGUGAUGAUAGUAUACAUGUUUUUAAAUGCAGCCAUUGCUACGAGUUUUUCAGUAGCAAACAGAUUUUGACGAACCAUAUUAAGGACUGGAAUCAUUAUCCGUUUUCAGAUAUGAACAAUUCUAAGAAAAUCUUUUUUUGUGUCCAUUGUAAAACCAGUUUCGAAUCAUAUGAAAAGGUUCUUAGCCAUCAUGAGCGUGGCCAUUGGAAGUUGUCUAGAGAUGGUGUUCUAAAGUUUGCAGUAUUUCAUUACAACAAUGUAGAGUGUCAUACUCUACCUCAUGGAACCAGCACACUGGCUGGAACAAGCACUCAAGCUGGGAACAGCAAAAGAAAGCAUGAUGGGAACACAACAGAGAUGGAGCCUAAUAAGAAAGAAAGACGUUACAAUCCUAGUGAAAAUUUGACCACAAUAAGCAAUGGGACUUUAAACGAUACAAUAGAAAAACAUGUGAAUUUUGACAAUCAAAGCCACACAGAAAGAAUGGAUGGUAAUAUAGAUACGUUGUCAAAACCAGCACCAGAAGAUAGUAUAAAUUGUGGGCAAGAAGAGACUUUAACAGAAACUUUCAAAUGUGACUAUUGUCCUGAAAUGAAUAAGGAUGGAAAUCGAAUGUAUUUGCAUCUUGUAAAUGAUGUUCAUAGUUCUGCCAGUACACACCUCAUUGACCAUCAAGGAAACAUUAUGUAUCUCAAAAAUACAAAAACCAUAACAUUUGAGGGAGCGAAUUUCAAAAAAGUUGUACCCACAUGCUCUUCAUGUAAUCUACUGUUUGACACGCCGUUCAUUUGUGAUGAUCACAAUAUCAGAUCCCACCAAAGUAAAGGCGGUUAUUAUCACAUAGCGGAUAUUGUAGGGAGAAAACCAGUUAAAGAACCAUUUUCUAAAAAAGUUUGUUCAGUUUGCAAGCAAGAAUUUCGAAAACUUAAGCAACUGAACAAUCACUGUACACAAUCCAAUCAUUUCCCAUUUCAAGCUAGAAAUGAUUGUAACAUUUAUACAUUGUGCUGUUACUGUAGCAAGACCUUCUCAUCAUACAAAGUUGCUUGUAGUCAUGUAAAAAAACAUGAGGCUUUUGCAAAGAAUGACAUGCUUGAUUUAGUGAUAUUGUAUGUUAGUAAAAAUCCAAGAAAGAUAGACAUUCCACCUUAUGAAACUACUAAAGCAGGGGAGUUAACAAGUAUUCGGUCAAAAAUUACCAGUCUUAAGCAAAUGAAAAAGAAUUGUGGUAAAACAGGAAAAUCCCAGUACACAAUGGAGAUUCGUAAUAUGACAAAAUUGUUAUAACUGUAAGCAUUAUUUAGUAGCCCUUAUGGUGGUGAAAUAUGGAGAUUCUUUACAAUCAUGUCAAGUAUUUGAGGACAUUUGAAUUUGUGAAAAAUAGGAACAUUUGUUUAUUUUACGUCUUUGAGUUAGUGGUACUGGGGUGCCUGAAAUAAUGCACAGAAGGGCACCUAAGGUUUGCCUCCACCAGUAAAGUUUGACCUAUACUGUGUUGGUGCAACUUAAAACUCAACCAAAAUAAGUGACCUAUAGGACUUAUGAUCUGAGAAAAUACAAUUAAAUGUAAAUAGAAAAUGGGCUUAAAACUGUUGCUAGGCAAUAAUUGAUACAUUGAUUUGUUGGAUAAUAAAUGUUUGUAAAUUUGAAGGAAGUAUUUCAGUUUCGCAAAAAUUAUACAAAUUUCAAUAAAGGAUGUAGUUCUAAGCUUGACUUUAUGUUCUAAUGUGAAAUUUUUGAAUAUGCCAACUUUGGUAAAUGAAAAUACCAAUUAAUACAUACGUUUUAACUUAAAGACCUUUUACAACACUGAGCCUUUUUCAUGUACAGGCAUCAGUAUGGCAUCUAGAGCUGUCAUCGAUAGAGAUAAUAUCGGUGUAUUGUUGAUAUUUUUCUGCCUAUCAAUAAUCGAUACACAUUUUAAAAAAAUGAUAAUUUUGAAUAAUCAAAUGUCUUGAAAUUAUGAAAAUUCACCAAAAACAUAUACAGAAGUAGUUAUCUAUAUAUAACACAGCAAAGAUUAAGCUGCAAGUUUGCCCUCUCGUAUUUCCAAUUAUUAAUGAAUGCCAAAUAUAGUAUAUAAUGACCAUAAACUUGUGAGAGCUGUUUAUAUUGUUGUUUGUUUUUUUUUUGUUCAAUUAAGGCAGGUCCAAUUUUUUUUGUUAAUUGCAUAUGAAGGCACAUGUAUAUUUUACUGUUUUAUGUAAGAGACAUACUAUUUUUUCAUUAUCAGUUGUUAUUUUUUUUCUUUUAUUUCUUUCUUUGCUGCCAGACAUUUUCUGCAACUUUACUUAAGAUAGAAUACUUUACUGCCAAUAAACUAAAGAUAUACAGUCAUGUAUAUUUAACCUAUGCAUGAAUAUGGGAGAGUAAUACUGGCAAAUCCAGAAUGGGACACAUGUUAAAAUAUCAGAGACAUUUAAAGGGUAUGAAAGCUAUAAAUAAUUAAAUGUUCAGUAUAAUAUAUAAAUGAUAGAAGUUUUUUUCAUUCUUAGAAUAGUUGUUACAUAUAAUAUCAAACACAUGAAUGUUGUGCAUAAAACAGAAGAAUAAAAUGUUCUGGAACAAAAGUACAUAUGUACAUGUAUCAUAAUGCUAUUUUAAAGUAGGGUUUUAACUGUUUAGAAAUGAUUUUGUGCAUGGAUUUUAUACACCAUAUUUCUUUCAUACAGAUAGUUUGGAUGCAUUCUUUUUCAAAAACACAAUUAUUUUGUAAAUUAAUAAGAGCAUAUAUAUAGGUCUUUACAUCUUAAAGAUGGUCAAUUAAUCUGUUCUAAAUAUGAAAUAAUGCAAACUAACUGUUUGCAAAAUCUUUACAUUAGUUUGGAAAUAUUUGUUAAUGUUCAUAAACUUGAAUCUCUAUAAUCUUAUGUUUUAGCUUGACUAUUUAUGGGAAAAUUAUCAUUUUCAUUCUGACAUUGGUAUUGGCUUUUUAUGAGCAGCCCAAUAGCUACUGAAGUUAUUUGCUUGAAACUUCACACAUGUCUUUAUGUGAUAGUUAUAGCUAUCUAUCUAGGACCCAUAACACUAGCAUGGAUUUAUAUGGAGUUAUUCCCCUUUCAUAACUUCCAUAAUUUCAGGUUAAGUUUUAGUGUCCAGGGUUCUACCUUCACAUUCAGAGAAGUUUUUCUUUUGAAACUUUACAUAGGCGUACAAGCCAUAAUUUCUUGGUUACUUUCUUGGACAAUUCACAGGGGUCAUUCAGAUCAGCAAUCAAAUUGUUUUUAAAUUUUCAGAGAUUAUUUCAGAUUUUUUGUUUUUACCGGGACAUAAAUCAUCUCUGGGAUGCUUCCGUGACUGUCACCUGAUUUCUGGGACAGUCCCAGAUGUUCGUCAAGUAAUGGCAUGUAUGUCAUAGCUCUUGUUUUACUACAUGUAUAAAGUAUUAAGAAUAGUAUUAAAAGUUCAUUGCCUGUCUGAUGACUCAUAUAUUUUUAUUCACCCUGGAACAUAAUCAGUUGACAUUAUGUAUUGCUGUUCUGGUGGGUUUGUUUAAUGGUUUUGCCCUGCUUUGAAUCUGGUUUAAGAUUUAUAGGAUUUCAGUAUCAAAAAUUGAACACCAACAGAUAGAGACUGGUCAGACUGCAUGGAUGUACAGGUUGGCCUGGCUUUAUGCUGGUGGCAAAGGUUGUAAAAAAAUAUAAUCACAUGGUUCUAGUAGGUUGAUGGUUAAUUAUGGAGAAUAUACAUGAAUUAUUUUAGAGAUUUGGUUCCCUUCUGAAUUUAUAUGUGGAAAAAUACAUAUCUUUAAGCUUGUAUAAUUCAAUGGUAGAUCAGCCUUGAAAUAUUAAAUUUCAGUCAAUUAUGUUAGAUUAUUUUAAUUAAAAAAAAUAGUAGUUUUUCAGUAAUUAUUGUUUAAUAUUG